AAGCUACUUCAAGAAAUCCGCGGCGACUAAUUCUUCGAAAUCACCAAGGAGGGCGUGUUAAGCGUAUGGUGACAGAGUGACAGACGCUAAAAUGAAUACAUUUGGCAGUCGUCGUACAAACGUAAAAAUAGCAGUAGGAGCUUUAGUAUGCGAGGAAAGUAUUUUAAAAGGGGAUAUCACUAUUGGACCAAAAACUAUAAUUCAUCCAAGAGCAAGUAUCAUUGCAGAAGCUGGUCCAAUUAUAAUAGGUGAAGGGAACAUUAUAGAAGAAAUGGCGAUCAUAACAAAUAGGUUACCACCAGAUACUCCUGAACCAACAACAAUUCCGGUACAAAUAAUAGGCAAUUAUAAUGUAUUUGAAACUGAUUGUACGUGUGAAGCAUUUAAAGUUGGAGAUCAUAAUAUUUUAGAAAGCAAAGCACAUGUUGGUCGUGAGGUUGAAUUGACCAAUGGUUGUAUUAUAGGAACGUCAUGCACAUUGACAGAAGCAGACACAAUACCAGAAAAUACAAUAAUUUAUGGUAAUGAAUGCCAACGUAGAGAAAUGCACGAUAAACCAUAUCCUCCAAUAAGUCAAAUAGAAUUUUUGUUAAAAAUUUUACCAACUUACCAUCACAUUCGUAAACCUAAUGUAAAACCAACAAAAAAUGAGGGGGGGCUAUAACAAACUAUAUACAUUCUUAGGUAAUAUAUUUGCGAUAUAAUGAUUUAAAAAUGCAACAGAUAUUUAUACAUUUAAUGUUAAUUCUAAAAACUAACAGUGCAUUUUAAUUACGUUUCUGUUUUCUAAUUGUAUUUAUACAUUCUGCACUAUAAAAGUAUUAUUAUUAUAUGUAUAAUAAAUUAUGAGUAGUUUCACAUGUGAUGUACAAUACAUCAGCAUAUAGCCCUUAUGAGUUAUUUGAAACAAAAAUGAAUAUAGUAUGCAUAAUAGCAUCUUGUGAAUAAUUUUUUAAUAAUAUAGAUUUAUUUUUAAAUAUUUAAAAGUAAACUUAGAAAAUAUUUUGAUAAUGCUUUGAAGUAUUAAAUAAAAUAUGCUUCUUAUAUAA